CGCCCCGGCUCCGCCUCGCCUCGCCAUGGUGGAGCAGGGAGACGCGGCGCCGCUGCUGCGCUGGGCCGAGGGCCCCGCGGUCUCUGUGCCGCAGGACCCCGCGCUGCAAGCUGGAGGAUGGGUCCGGGGCGGCAGUGGGGACGGCCGACUGGCCGCGGAGGCGCCCCGAAGGCGGGAACCCGACGAGCCAGCUCCCCCCGAAGUGCUGCUGCAGCCGGGGCGCCUGGAGCUAGGCGACGUAGAGGAGGACCAGGUGGUGGCCGUGUUCGUGGUCACCUUCGAUCCUCGCUCCGGAAACAUGGUAGAAUGGUGCUUACCUCAAGAUAUUGACCUUGAAGGUGUUGAGUUCAAGUCUAUGGCCAGCGGGUCCCAUAAAGUUCAGUCUGAUUUCAUCUAUUUUCGGAAGGGUCCCUUCUUUGGCCUGGCCUGCUUUGCCAACAUGCCUGUGGAGAGCGAGCUGGAGCGAGGCGCUCGGAUGAAGUCUGUGGGCAUCCUCUCUCCGUCCUACACCCUGCUCUACCGCUACAUGCACUUUUUGGAGAAUCAGGUUCGACACCAGCUGGAGAUGCCGGGACAUUACUCUCAUCUGGCUGCAUUCUAUGAAGACAAGAAAGGGGUGCUCCACGCUGGCCCCGGGAGGGGUGGCAGCUUGCCACCCGUCUACUGGCUGCCUUCCAUUCACCGCUAUAUGUAUCCUGAGAUGAAGAUCACACACCCUGCUGGCUGUAUGUCUCAGUUUAUUAAGUUCUUCGGAGAACAGAUCCUCAUUCUUUGGAAGUUUGCCUUACUUCGAAAGCGCAUUCUGAUAUUUUCUCCCCCACCUGUGGGUGUCGUGUGCUAUAGAGUGUACUGUUGCUGUUGUCUGGCCAAUGUGUCCCUGCCUGGCAUUGGGGGCACCAUCCCUGAGUCCAAGCCUUUCUUCUAUGUGAACGUGGCUGACAUUGAGAGCCUGGAAGUUGAGGUGUCCUAUGUAGCCUGUACCACAGAGAAGAUAUUUGAAGAGAAGCGUGAGCUGUACGAUGUGUACGUGGACAACCAGAAUGUAAAGACACACCAUGACCACCUGCAACCCCUGCUGAAGAUCAACAGUGCAGACAGGGAGAAGUACCGCCGGCUCAACGAGCAGAGGCAGAUGCUGCUGUACUCCCAGGAAGUUGAAGGAGACUACAGCCCAUGUGAAGAGGACCUCUUUGUGCUGUUUUUCCUAGAGCAGAACAACCGGAUUUUUCAGACUCUGUUGGAGGUGUCAGCCAGCCAAGAUAAAACUCUAACAGCGGAGCAUGCCCGAGGCAUGGGACUGGAUCCCCAGGGAGACAGGAGCUUUCUCAUGGACCUGCUGGAGGCCUACGGCAUCGACGUCAUGCUGGUCAUUGACAACCCCUGUUGUCCUUAGGAAACGUGAUAGGAUUGGUGGUGAGACUCUCGUGUGGGGUGACAGGAGCCUGGAGUGCACCCGAGGCCCUCAGCAGCUUCAGUUUUAAUUAAGUUGACACAAAGGACUCUUUAUACUUUCCAACACAUGAAAUUUUUGCCAUUUUCUUUCUGUGCCUCAGCCCUGGGGCUGGGGUGAGGCUGCCUGGGCUCGUGGCCUUUGGUUGGACAUGGGAAUCUACUGUCUUCCACUGCUGCUUCUUUGGGUUUAGUCUUAGGAAUUCUGUGAGUCGGAGUCAAACUCUGGGAUGAACUGUUCAGAAAACCUGUAUGUCUUCGUUUGCCUUUGUUGCAUAUGAGAGUAAGAUAACCAUGUGGCCCCGUAUGGCCUUAGAUGUUCAUCUGCCUAAAGACAGAAACUAAUCAGAUGACCUUUCCACCAAGUUCAAGGAGUAAAGUUAGGGUCACCUAGUCGUGAGAGGGCAAGUCUGAAUGUCCUCUGUUCGAUGGAGUGGAGAGAACACGAAGAAGGAGAAAAAUAGAAUGACAGGGAAAGAAUUCUUGAAAUCCUUCCUAAAGUAAGCGAUGAGCAUCCACCCAUCCACCCACCCUCCCCACCACAUCCCGGUCCUCUUGGUCAGUGCUUGGUACUGGCCCCGAGCUUAUAGACUCAUAAGCGCUGAAUAUCCUCUUGAACUAACUAACAGGUUCAAAUAGGUAAGGGAAGAAAUUUCCAGUUUCUUUAAGAGCUCUGUGGAGGGAUGGUACACAGUCCUACAGCAGAUACUUCUGAUGAAUUCUGAAAUACAGCCAGGGCCCAAGCUGGUUAACUCAGGUUGCGAUGUGAUGUUAACAGGUCUCUUUACCAAUCUGAAACUCCCACAGACAUCUCUGAAGCAGAGACAACAUUCCUUAGGCUAAGCAACGAACCUAACAGAUUUGACAGGGAAAAUAUAACAGUGCCUCCCAUCAAAUAGCUGGAAAUCCCAGACUAACAACCAUGCCUGCUUCUUUCUGUCUGCGAUGGAGCUGCGGUCACUUUGUUCUUUGGGGCUGGGAUACUUUGUACUCAUGCACUAUGUUGGGAGGGCAACUGUUAACCAUAUUCAGAAAGCCAUGUGAAUAGCUAGCUAGCCAGCCAUCAAACAGCCACGUCUGUAGCUAAAGAGCAGUCAGGUUGAUGCCCACAGCAGAGAACUUCAAAGGGAGGGCCCAUGCCUCUUAAAUCCGUUCUGGGUUCUUGAGGCUUAUUGCUUAGCUCAAGUAUUUUCACUGUAGCUCCUUGAUUAAAAAGUCCAAGAGUGAAGAGGUUGGUGUGUGUGAAAAUGCCAACAGACACUGAUGAGUCAGGGUAACAUCUUUUCUGUAAAUAUAUAAAUAAGUUUAGGCACUGACAUAAACUGUUCCAACUAAUUGAUUUUUCUCCUCUGCAGUGUGGGUUUAGCUAUCAUUCCAGUAACACAAUGUUUACAAGAAAACACAGCUGUGCUCAGUGGCUGAAGUUUCUCCUGCUUUGUCCUUAGGGCUACCUUCCCCUCUUGCUCCAGGGCUGAGCAGGGGGGAACCACCCGAUGCUGACGGAGCAACACUUCCUUUGGUCUCUAAAGCUCAAAGUCAGGGGUAGGUAGCCAGAGAUAAGAGCUUCUGAGGGACUGGAAGACUCUCUUCAGAAUUCAUUGAAGAGAGGCUAGACAAUUGGAUCCACGGACCUAACAGAUUUGACAGGGAAACUAUAACAGUGCCUCCCAUCCAAGAGAAUAGCUGGGAAUCCCAGACUAACAACCAUGCUUGCCUCUUUUGGUCUGUGAUGGGACUGCAUUUGUUUCUUCUUUGGGGCUGGGAUAUUUUGGACUUCAUGCAAAUGAAGACCCCGUUUCUGAGAACCUCCCUAGAGCCUUCUGUAGGCCAGCACUGUUUGCUGUGCUGCUGAGGCAGCAAGCUGAGAACUGCAGAUGAAAAGGUAGCAAAGGUGAGAAAGGCUGUCUGUUGUGAACUUGGGCUUUAUGGGUUCUUUUUAACUGAGCAGCUGUGUUAGGUCUUAGGCUCUGGGCUUGCUAGCCCCCAGAGCAGAACUUGUUGUUCACCAUCUCCUUCAGUCCUUCCCUACCUUGCCAGUUUCUUCAUAGGGCCAGCACAUGGCACAGGUGUCUGUGUGGCUGACAGUGUGUAUGUCAACGCCAUUUGUACCCUUUGCUCCCUUUUAUCAUCUGUAGAGUGAGCCUUGAGACGUGAGCCCAGUCCACAUCACUAUGAAGUCAUACCAGACUGCUCCCCCCAUGGCAGUGAGCAGAUGCAAGUCUGCAUAAUAUGCUGUGAGUUUCCUAUAAAGGGAAGUAGUUUGUAUGAACUAUAUAGGAAUCUCUUUAUAGUGACGGCAGAAGCUAGUAGCCACAGGAUGUGCUUGCCUUCACUCUUGAAAUACUUUCUGAAAAACCAUCUGGCUUUAUUUGGAAGAAGUUAGUUCACAUCCUUCAUAGCUUUCUGACCAUUGGCAGAGACAGGCAUUUUUUUCGUAACACUGACCUCUAGGAAGAAGGUUAAAAUCUCAGAUGUGGGUCCUGCCAUUCUGCUAGUGGCUCUGAGCUGGCAGAGCCCUUCUGGGUAGCACUAAUCCCCUCCUGUACCAUGCUGGGAACCAUGUGUUAACCUGGAAGCAUUUGCUGACUUGCAUUGCUGGCUAUUCAGUCAUUUUUAAGUAGAAGAAAUUUCCAAUGGUAACAAUCUUCAGGGGGCCUGACAUUGGGGUUUGGGGUAUGUAGACAGUCAUGUUAAGUACAACAUACUGAGUAUAACAAGAGCCUCUUAAAGUGGAUGUUUUUGUCAGCAGAUGGUAAUACCCAGCUAGUUGUUGCCUGGCUCAGGUCUCUUUCCUCAGAAGCAGUAAAAAUAGCAGAGCUUAUCUCCUACCAGUCUAUAAAGGAAGGCCAAGUCAUUGCCUGGUAUUAGUGUUGGCUUUAAACAUGAAGCCUUCCCUGUGCUGGGCGCGGAUCCAGGCCAAUGUUGGUGUCCUACCUGGGGCCCAUAUGGUUCAAUCAGUUAGGAGUACAGUGUGACAGGAGGCGUUUGCCUCCCACACCUCACACCCACUCUGGCUUCUGGAGAUGAUCUGGUUUCAUUGCUGGGAUAGAAGUUAGGAUAAGAACCUGAAACUAUAACUUACCUUGCUGGAAACCACGGAAAGGUGAGAGUGACGCUCAGAUACAAUAGUGCCAGAUGCUUCAUGGGAAGGUUCGCUUACACAAUUACCUAAUAUAUUUUAGCUAGAUGAUAAAGGUAAAUUAAACCGUGGCUAAUUGCUGCCUUCACUCUGGAGGCAAGGGGGAAGAACCUCCUGUCUUGAGACACUGAAAGCAUAUCAGUGCAGAAAGGUAAGAUGGACUUAUCCUUCCACUGAAGCUUUUGGGGAGACUUCUCUAAGAGUGCUAGUGAAUUACCCGGUGGCAGAAGUCAGCUUCCUAGAGACGCAGAGACUUGGGAACUGUCUUUUCCCCUAAACUGCACAGCCAGAGAGUGGAUUGAGAUGCUUUCUCCAAGUCCAGUGUGAUAGUCCUUGCAGAGGUAAAGAAGGGAUAUGGGGUAUGGGUGAACAGAGCUGUAAGAUAACGCCGGGUCACACAGUGAUCAUGCCUUAUUAUGAGACGAGUUUGAAAACUGACAAGAGCAUCAUCCAUAGGACGUCUUCCCCUUAGGUUUCCAGGCUAAUCGGCUAUGAUUCUGAGAGCUGUCCAGCAGCCCAUCUCUCCCUCAUAGUGCAUAGUUCUACCCAUGGUGAGGCUCCUGAAGGUCCAUAGCUUACCUCAGCAAGCCCAGUUUCAUCCCUUCUCAUUUUAGGAAAACCCUUUCAGUCAGGUAGGGGAAGGGGAGGAGUUAAGGACUCCUUUUAUACCCAAGUCACAGGCUUUGACUAUGCCACUUUAUAGCUAAUAUACCUCUGUUCCCAGGAGCUACAGAAGGUGGGGAAAAGACAGUGAAUUAAGGUAAUGCUUUUCCUAUGAGAAAUGGAAGUUUAUUUUUAUACCAGUGUUACUGAAUGGUGAAUUAAGUACUGAAGCGUUGAAAUGGAAAAGAAUUGCAAAGUUAUCAUCUAAAAAGCAAUGGGCAGCUUUUGUAGUUUAAUUGCAGUGGAGGCCUUAGACAUGUCACUGUCUGUGACAGUGUUUUGAAGCAUGAGCACACACUCUGCUGUAUUAUUUCAGCAGCAUUACAGGAGAGAAAGUCAACUGGCCAGACAAGACGAGAGGGACAGUGACCUUGGGUAAAUCUGUGGAACAGAAGUGCGCAAAUAGCCUUUCAAUGACUAUUCCUUCUUGAUCAAGGGAGAGAGAGGGGAAUGGGCGGUAGUCUGCUACCUGGCACUUUAAUUCAUUUUAGUGGCUGGAAGUUGGAUGAUAUUGUAAAUUUAGAAAAGGAAUAGGACUUUUUUGGUGCUAUAUAGAGAAAUGAGAAUGGGAUCAAUAAAGCCUUUAGAGCUUACUCUAGAAUGUCCGCACGGCGCUGCCUCCCAGAACCAUGCUGACUUGAUUCUGACAGCUCUACAGCAGGGGUUUGCUUUCAUUUGCAGCCGGCGCCUGUUUGGUUUGCCGAGUUUACCUUGCUUCCUAAUGACGCUGGGCUCACUGGGACAGGGCAGGGCCUUAUAAACUGUGCAUAGAUGGAGCUGCAAAGUGAAACCCAUAAAAAGAAAAUAGGUGUAAUUGACAUUGUAUCUGGGUAAAUUAAGCAAGGAUAUAUAUAUAUACAUAUAUAUAUCAGGCAAACCCAAAGUUCAUUUUCCUUGCCCACCAGAAAUGCCAUGAGCAUGUCAGCCAUGAGCAAUGGGGAAUUCUGUCCUCUUGAACUGCCCGCAUAAGUGGCUGCCAGGCUUUGGGUCGGGGUAAACAAAAUCAACUUCCUUUAUUUGCCCAAAAACUUGGAUAAAUUUUUGCAAUAAGUCUGGAAUAUAAUCCUUCCUGAAAAAAAAAGAAAUCAUGGUAAUCAAGGAAAUAUGUUUUCCUAGUUUUUUUUUUUAAACAUAGUGUCCCUGUUGCCUUAAAUAUAAAAAACUAUUUUGAGAAAUAACCCCAUUCUAAAAGGUAUAGCAAUAAAAGAAACCGAAUCUAUUUUUGUUUCAAGUCUUUACCUCAUGACAGAGUCAGAAGGAUAAUUGGUAAGUUUUGCUCUGGGUACUACUGCAAACCGAUGUAUCCUUUCUGUGUCCUCAACGGAGUAUUAUUUACAGACCUGAAGGAAGUUGGGCUUAACCCCAAGGCUAAGUGUAAAUGUUUCUUGAAUUGAUUCUUUCUGUGGUACAAGUUAACACCUGUGUAUAUCAUAUCUGUGUAUAUCUGAACCAAGUUAUGUGCAGAGGUUGAUAAUAACUAUAUUUACAAAAGAAAUUUUUACAAUUAAAGUUCUCAUUUUAACAUGA